AUGGCGAACCGGAAUCCUCUUGAGUCGGCCACAGUAGAAGAAAACUGGAGGGCACUGAAGAUAGCCGCCAUGGACUCAGCAGCCGUAGGGACCAUCGGGGAAGGAAAACACCAGGAAAAGGAAACAUGGAGAAUGGACAUGGAAGAGGGCGAGAUGAUGAUAUACAAGGUGGCCAGACAAAGAGCAAGACAAAAUGUGAGAGAAGUUAGUGUGAUCAAAGACAAGAAUGGAGUACUGGUAACAGAUGAGCAGAGGAUAAAACCGAGAUGUGGUAUUAAGCCGCUGGAACAUGGAACAAAGGUCUUAGAGAUGAUCAUAGAGAAGAGACCACGCAGGCUUAUUAUCACCGAUGACACGCAGUCCGGUUUUUCUCAAGGAAAAGGAACAAUGGAUGCUGUGUUCAUCAUCAAGCAGCUGCAGGAAAAACAUCUUGAAGUAGAUAAAGACUUAUACUUCACCUUUGUGGACCAAUUCAACUACCUAGGAGUAACAGUGUCCGAGAAAGGUACCUUAGACUCAGCAAUAAAAGCAAGAGUGACCGCAGCAUGGACAACAUGGAGAGAGCUGUCUGGUGUCACCAGUGAUAGGAAAAUGCCAAGAAAGUUGAAGAUUAAGGGGUACAGCACCAUAAUAAAACCUGUCCUACUAUAUGGUGCAGAAUCGUGGACAAUGCGUGCCAAAGAUGAAAAAAUACUCGAGAUAACGGGGAUGAGAAAAAUAAAAGGAGUUACACUGAGGGACCGGAAAAGAAGUGAGCGUGCCAGGAAGGAGUUAGUUGUAAUAGAUAUCAAAGAACAAAGAUCAGAAUGCGAUGGUAUGAUCAUGUGA